UUGAUUUGCGUGUGCUUGUAUCGUGACUUUGCCAUAAUUUUGCGACCAGCAAGCGAAAGGAGUUGAUUCUCCCACGCGUCCUACGAUACCUCAUUACCGAAUUCGACAGUUUUGGUUUUGUGCUUUGCCGGGAAUCUUUCGGACCGAACAGGAUGAGAGGAACAGAGGCAUCAGUUCUGGUCAUCUCGGGCCUCGUGGUACUAGCGAGCGCCAGAGAAGUUCAGGUCGACGACGUCCCCGUCGAAUGCGCAACAAUAUGCGGCCCCAUCGUCGAGCUGACAUUCAAAUGCGACGUCGACAACAGCUUCGAUGAGCUCAAGAGACUAAAGAGGAGGAAAGCCGACGCACCGCAAUACAGACCGCCGCCAGAAAGACGACACGCAAAGAGACCAUCACCAGUAGGCGCACAUGGGGUCGUUCGCCGCCACCACCACCGCAGACCGAACCAGAACGAUGCGGUCGAGGUAUCGACGCCCGGUCUAGACGAGCCCCAAGCUACAAACGUCGCACAACAGCCUCCUCAAGAUGUGCAACAACCUGCCCAGGAUGCACAGCAGCCGGCCGUCGACGCUACACCCGGCUUCAUUGCCACGCUGCCCUUUUCUGCCCCCGCACCAGAGAUCCCGCUGAGCACGAGUACGCCGGAUACCCAGAACACACCUACACCAUCGGCGCCGCCUCCUCCCCCGCCACAGGCAACGCCAUCAAUAGAUACUCCACCGCAGGUACCGCCGCCUGUGCCUGUCUUGAUCACAUCGACUGUGUUCCUGACUGUGUCAGCGCCGACGAUACCCACUCCGGCGGCGCCACCGCCGCCUCCCCCGGUACAGGCCCCACCGCCGGUACAAGCUCCGCCCCCGAUUCAAGCCCCGCCUCCGGUCCAGCCGCCUCCGGUAAUCACAGCUCCGAGACCCCAACAACCGCCACCACCUCUUCCACCAUCAUCGACAUCAAGGCCGACGCCUCAGCAGCCCCCAGCACAGCAACCACCCCUUCAGCAACAACCACCCCCACAGCAACAACCUCAGCGUCCACCGCCGCCGCAACAGCAACCCGCUCCUUCAUCCUCUCAACAGACCACGCCCCCGAUUCUUCAGCCGACACCACCACAACAGCUUCAACCUCCCCAGGCGUCUAUGAGCAACCCGGCCGCGAUACCGAUCAUGGGACCGGGCCCGGAGAAGCAGCCGGAUAACAAGUCGCCCAACGACCGUGAAGAAGCCGAGAAGCAGUGUACUUGUUCGAACAAGAGCUUUGACGUACAGUUGUUGGCUGGGUUGUGUCAAAGUUGCAUUCGGAAGACUGGAAACCGGGCCAAUAAUCUGGACUUCAUCAUGAAGGAAUGCAACUUUGUGGAAUCGACAUAUUCGCCUGAUAAAGAUCGGCUCGUCGAUAACAUCCGCGUCGUCGCAGAGAAGCCGUUUUUGACGUCCAGCGGAAACGUCAUGGCUGAUGCUGGUAGAGUUGGGGCCGGAUGCGCUGCUGCUAUGGCGGUGGCUGUUAGUCUUGUGGCUGGGAUGGCGAUGCUUCUCUAACUCGUCAUCGCGUAAGUUUUCUGGAAUUGGAGUGGAGUUUUAAUCAUAACAUACUGGGUGGAUCUGGUUGAU